AUGAAUCAGACAUUGAUGAUUCUCAACCACAACAAAAAUCAUAUUCUAGGGUCAAAAGAAAGCAGCUUGCAAUGUAAUGGUGAAGAUCAGAGCAGGCAGCUUGGAUGUGAAUAUGUAAUUGAUAAGCCUGAACUCCAGCAGAAUAUCAAGGCUUCAGCUGAUGCUGAAAUUAAUGGUUCUAUGGCUUCAGAAGCUGAAACUUCUGAAAUCCCACUGGAUGCAUCUCAUGUUGACUGCAUAAAUCUUUUGCAAGAUAUUUCAGUGAAGCUGCCUCAUUCUGUUGGAAGGGCCAAGGGAUUGGUUAUGCCUCAAUUGAGCAAUGGCACAAUUGAUGUAAAUUCGGUUCCAGAAGAUGUUUCUGUGCAAAAUGGGGUGAUAAGAAAUAAUGUGCGGCCAAUCAUUGUGUACAAGCGAGCUGAGAGGCCCAAAAAGAAACAGAAGAGUGAGGCAGAGCCGAUGUCAAAUGUUCAUCUAAGCUCUAAUGAAUUCAUUCGUAGCCCUUGUGAGGGUUUGAGGCCAAGGACUGGUCGACGUUCUCUGGAUGAAACAGCAGAUGUUGGAGCAGCGGAGAAGGGUGAAGGUUACAAGACAAAGAAACGAGACAGGCCAGCAGGUCAAAGUAUAAGACAGAAGGCUGAGGGAACCUAUAUAUGUGACAUUGAUGGGUGCCUUAUUAGCUUUAGGACAAAGAGAGAGCUUGACCGUCACCGGGACAAUCGUUGUAUAUUUAAAGGCUGUGGGAAGAUGUUCAGCUCUCAUGCUCUCGCAAUGCGCCACCAACGUGCUCACGAAGAUGAGCGGCCUCUCAAGUGCCCAUGGAAAGGUUGCGGUAUGUCCUUCAAGUGGGCAUGGGCCCGAACAGAGCAUGUCCGGCUUCACACAGGUGAGCGGCCAUAUAAAUGCAAGGUUGCUGGUUGUGGAUUGACAUUCAGAUUUGUUUCAGAUUUCAGCCGUCAUAGAAGGAAGACUGGGCAUUCUGGGAAUUCAAAAACAUAGCAGUUUUUGUCUUUCCUCAUUCUUUUCACUAGUUGAAGCUUUGAUUGUAGAUGUUCAGGUUUUCAUUUCAUUUAAGGAGCAGGCUUUCCUUUCUGACGACUAAGCAUACUUCCAGGGAUCCUUUCUUUAUAACUGAAUCUGCAGGAGUUUGCUGAUUUGGAUGUAGAUCUGUACAGACUAAUCCUUUUGUAUGAUUUCAGUCCAUUGUUUUUGUUAGCUGAAUUGAUUCUCCAAAAUUAAUUUUAGUCAACUUAAAUGCUACCACAGGUAAGAGAAUGUACUAUAUAAUUAUAUUGGAUUGAAAUUAAUUCUCCACUUUUAGUUCUGAUGGAG